UUAAUAAAACCUUCUUCCCUUCCUGGGUCGGAGUUAACUGUCGAUUCGUCUCGCAGUAUAAACCCUAGAGUCGAAGAUUUUUUUUCAACCCCUGAAUUCGAGAAAUUGAAGGCACAGCUCAAUCGAUUUGCGUAGCUUUUCUUCAAUUUGAUGUGUUGUUCGUGGUUUCUUCCUUGUUCCGAAUCAAGCUUUGUGUCCUCCGUGGCUUCGGUGAUCGCGGCGUGGAGAGAAAGCUCGUAGGCGGCCUCGAAUGAUGCAGUUUUGUUAGCCGCUCAAAUAGAGAGAGAGAGAGAGCGAGAGAGAGAGAGAGAGAGAGAGAGAUGAGCAUUGUGCCGAAGGAGUCUAUCGAGGUUCUCGCGCAGACCAUUGGCGUUUCAAAUUUGUCCCCCGAUGUUGCCGGCGCUCUCGCUCCUGAUGUCGAGUACCACCUUCGAGAAGUCAUGCAGGAGGCAAUCAAAUGCAUGCGCCACUCGAAGCGAACGACACUGACUGUUGAUCAUGUGGACAGCGCUCUUAAAUUGAGAAAUGUGGAGCCAAUAUAUGGAUUCGCCUCCAGUGAUGCACUGCGAUUCAAAAGAGCUGCUGGACAUAAUGACCUGUUUUACGUAGAUGAAAAGGACGUGGAAUUCAAAGAUAUCAUUGAUGCCCCUUUGCCGAGAGCUCCGCUUGAUACAACAGUUUCUGCUCAUUGGUUAGCGAUUGAAGGGGUUCAGCCUGCAAUUCCAGAAAACCCUCCUUUUGAAGCGCUUACACUGGCAUCGGAUGGCAAAAGGUUCGAAAACAGGGAAGACGGAAUUUCUAUUGACAUCAAAUUACCCAUUAAGUGUGUAUUAUCUAGGGAGCUUCAGCUAUACUUUGACAAAAUUAGAGAACUUACUGUUAGCAAGUCGGACUCUGUCCUCUUUAACCAAGCACUUGUAAGCUUGGCCACUGACUCGGGUCUUCAUCCUUUGAUUCCCCAUUUUACGCAGUUUAUCACAGAUGAGGUUACACGAAAUUUGAGCAAGAUCUCUUUGCUUUUUGCCCUAGUGCGCAUUGUGGGAAGCCUUCUUCGAAAUCCACAUGUUCAUAUUGAACCCUAUCUGCACCAAUUGAUGCCAUCUGUUGUUACUUGUCUUGUUACCAAAAGAUUGGGUAAUCGGUUAACUGACAAUCACUGGGAGCUCAGAAACAUGUCAGCGAGUCUGGUUGCAUCAAUAUGUAAAAGAUACGGGCAUGUUUAUCAUAAUCUGCAGCCGCGUGUCAUACGGACUCUUGUUCAUGCUUUCCUAGAUCCAAAGAAGUCAUUGCCUCAGCAUUAUGGUGCAAUUAAAGGAUUAGCAGCGCUUGGACCUAGUGUGGUUCGGCUGCUGAUAAUACCAAAUCUUGAGCCUUAUCUGCAACUUCUUUCGUCAGAAUUGUUGCCUGAGAAUCAAAGAAAUGAGAUAAAGAGGCUUGAAGCAUGGCGUGUUUAUGGAGCACUGCUGAAUGCUGCUGGCCUUUGUAUGUACAACCGGCUAAAGAUGCUCCCUAAUUUGCUCUCACCCCCAACUCGUGCUGUUUGGAAGACCAACAGGAAGGUCGUGAUGGUGAUGCCAAAUAAACGAAGAGCGAGUUCAGACAACUUAAUGCAGCAACCUCCACUGAAAAGGGUAGCCACAGAGGGAAUGAUUGGUGGCAUGCCUGCCAAUCCCAUGCAAGGAGUAGCGAGCGGAUUCUCAGGGGCAGUGGGGGGUCCUGGUGUUGCUGUAUUGCGUCACUUGCCCAAUGAAGGCACCUCAGGAAUUGGUGCCGGUGGUAGUUCAGCUUUAAAGACAUCAAACACCUUAGCCCAGGCUUGGAAAGAGGAUGUGAAUGCUGGACACUUGCUCGCGUCGCUGUUCGAAUAUUUCGGCGAAAGCAUGUUCUGUUUCACUCCGAAGCCCGAGUUGUCCAUCUUUUUGUGAUUAUUUAAGCUGUGUGUACCUUGUUUUAUCUUAUCCAGGGCCAUGUUUUGUGGAAAAUUUAAGUUGCACCUGUAUAAUUGAACCGUUUUAAUUAUUCUUCUAGUAAUC